AUGUGCGCCGCUCCAGGAACUGUUCAAUCUGCCGAUCAGGGCACCCCCAUGGUUAAGCUUGUCACUCUCGUCGGUCUUUGGUACGCUGGAAACACCCUCUACAAUGUCUACAACAAGACAGCCGCCAACCAACUGUCGGCACAUUGGUUCCUUGCUUCGGCACAGCUUGUGGUGGGAAUCUUGAUUAGUGCCAUCAUGUGGGGAAGUGGAUUCCGCAAGGCACCCAAUCUGUCCAGCCAAGAUAUCCAAAAGUGCAUCCCCAUUGGACUUUUUGCCUGUCUGGCCCACUGUGGAACUGUUCUGGCUUCUGCUGUUGGUGCUGUCUCCUUUGCCCAAAUUGUCAAAGCCUGCGAACCAGUCUUUGCUGCUGUAGUAGGACUCUUGGUGCCUCCCAUGGAUGUCAAGCCCAUGUUGGCCUACAUGAUGUUGAUCCCCAUUGUUGGAGGAGUUGGUUUGGCUUGUGUUAAGGAAGGAAAGGGAGUGGAUAUCAAUGUCGAAGCAUUUUUGUUUGCCUCUCUUGCCAAUGUUUCCGCUGCCUUGAAGGGAAAAUUGGGAAGCUCUGUCACAAAGGCCCUCAAGUCCGAUGCUACAAAGAACAUGGAUGCUGCCAAUGUGUAUGGAGUCAUGAACAUUAUCUCUUUCAUGUGCACUGUCCCAUUUGUUCUUUAUAAUGAGGGAGGUACCUUUCAGGCAGACUGGGCAGAAGCUGUGGAGAAGGUUGGAGCCCAGGAAAUUAUCAAGAAUAUCCUUGUUUCUGGAUUCUUCUUUUAUUUCUACAAUGAGUGUGCAUUUGCAUUUACUGCCUUGGUAGGAUCUGUCACUUCUUCUGUUUUGAACACAGCCAAGCGUGUUAUCAUCAUUGUCGUCUCUGCGGUUGUCUUCCAAGAAGCCAUGGAGCGCAACACUGUCAUUGGAUCUGCCAUUGCCAUCUGCGGAACUUUUGCCUAUUCUCUGACAUCCAAGGCACCAGCACCCAAGAAGAAGGAGGCUUAA